CUAGGAUUAGAGCAGAAUGGAAUCAUUUCAAUUGCUCUCACGGGGUGGGGUUCAGUUCGACAAGAAACGAUUCAAGGCGGACGUGCAACUAUUCGAUAGAAAAUACGAACAGGCCUCAGAAAUCGGAUCUGAAGGGAAAACAAGAGGCGAUCUACCCUCGGAGCUGGAUUUCUUCAAAUACACCCAAGGGGCUGCACCAAAAAGGAAAAUACGACAAGCAUCCUCUUCGCAUGAGAACGGCGAAGCAAGCAGAGAGGAGACGAAGAGAGUUAAGUUCGAUGCUGUCCAUAAGGAGGAAGGGCCGAGUCAACCGCGACACCGUGUUACCGUCAAAGGAACGAAUGUUUCCGACCCAGUGCACACAUUUGAAGCAUUGCAAGAGAAAUUCGAUGUUUCCCCACGUAUCAUCCAAAAUUUGAAGGAGUAUGGAUACUCGUCUCCAACAGAUAUCCAGUCUUACGCUACACCAAUCAUGUUGCAGGGACGUGAUCUAGCCGCAAUUUCACCUACAGGGACCGGGAAGACGCUAUCCUAUCUCGUUCCUAUAUUUUCCUUGUUAAAAGCACCCAAUUCAAGCUCGAAAGUUACUGUAGGAUCAGGAGUCAGGGCUGUAAUCCUCGCACCGACGCGAGAACUUGCACAUCAGAUACAUAACGAAUGCAUGAAAAUUGCUCAGGGGAGGAAGUGGAAGAUGGUGUUACUUAGUAAAGCAACUGCCAGCACACUCGCCGACAAGGCUGUGAGGGUCAAAGUUGAUAUUAUUGUCUCCACGCCUUUACGACUCGUCGAUUCCAUGCAGCGCUGCAACUUGGAACUCGAUAAUGUACAGCACCUCGUACUGGAUGAAGCGGAUCGACUCCUUGACUCGGAAUUCUUGUCUCAGACGCAAGAAGUGAUGAAUGCUUGUAUGCGCGAAAAUGUGCAAAAGGCGGUUUUCAGUGCGACACUACCGGCGGGAGCGGAAAAGAUCGCUAUGGGAGCCCUUCGAAAUCCAGUACGGAUUAUUGUUGGCCUCAAAGACACACCAUUGCCCUCCAUAACUCAAAAGCUUGUCUAUGUAGCCGAUGAAUCUUCAAAGCUUCCGACCCUCCUGCAGUAUCUCUCACAACCCUAUUCGCCUCCUAUCAUAAUAUUCACGUCCACACAACCUCGUGCCUCCUCUCUCGCGGAGCAGCUUGUUUUGAACAGCGUCCAAAACGUUGACUGUCUGCAUGCUGGAAUGUCCAUGAAAGAACGUCAGGAUGCGGCGUCGAGAAUGAGGAAGGGCGACAGCUGGGUUAUGAUUUGUACGGACGUCAUGGCACGCGGUAUGGAUUUCAAGGGUGUUCAAGGAGUGAUCAAUUUCGACUUCCCUCGAAGUGUACAAAGUUAUAUUCACAGGAUAGGGCGCACCGGACGGGCUGGUCGAGAAGGAUUGUCGAUAACGUACUUCACUAACGAGGAUGCACCGUUCCUGAAACCGAUAGCCAACGUACUACUGCAAUCGGGAUCGACUGUGCCCGAAUGGAUGCUCAAGUUGCCCAAGCCUUCUAGAAUGAAGCGACGUGACAUGGGUAAAAUAGAGAGAGGUGAUGCGGUCACUAAAAGCGAUCGAAUAGGCAGGAUGAUAGCAGUUAAGAAAAGGGAAUUAAUCGAAGUAUCAAAAAGACGAAAGGUUAGAGACAAUCUCGGCCAUGUCGUCAGACCUGGAGUUGAAGAGGACUUCACCGACCCUCGGUCCGACGAUGGAGUAUCUUGA